AUGAAAAUAAAAGUAAAGAACUUCAAGCCAAUAGCUAAUAGUAGCUUUCCCUGUGCUCUCUUCUUUCAAAUGGAACAGGUCCAAAAAAUAAUGCCUCGCAACACCUUCUUCUUUUCCAUUCUGCGGAACCCUAUUUCCUUGCUGGAAUCCUCCUACAUCUAUUUCAGAUUUGCAGGCGCCUUCAAGAGAACCAAGACGCUGAAUGAGUUUCUGGCCUCCCCCCUAAGUUACUAUAACCCAAGAAAAGACAUAGCCAACAUGGUUGCGAGAAAUUUUAUGUGGUUCGAUUUUGGCUAUGAUAAUGAUGCCGAAGACACCGAAGGCUACGUCCACAGCAAAAUAGAGGAGAUUGAAGAGCGGUUCCAGCUCAUCCUCAUUGCGGAUUACUUUGAUGAGUCGAUGGUCCUCCUGAAGAACACGCUCUGCUGGGACCUGGAUGACGUGGUCUACUUCAAGCUGAACUCCAGAAGUUGGGACUCCAUCCAGACCUUGAGUCUGGAGAGCCGAGAGAGGGCGAAGGGCUGGUGCUCCCUGGACUGGCAGCUCUACCGCCACUUCAAUGAGACGUUCUGGAGGAAGAUCGAAGCCACCAUUGGGCUGAAGGACUUGGUCAGGGAGGUGGAGCUCCUGAGAGAGAGGCAGGAAGAGCUCAUGGCGGUCUGUAUUCAGGACGAGAAGGCUGUUGAGCAGUCCCAGAUCAAAGAGAGGCAGCUACAGCCUGUACAAUCAGGCCUGGCUCGAAUUCUCGGUUAUAAUCUCAAGCCUUACUUAGAUAACGAGACCAGGAAGAAUUGCCAUAGGAUGAUCCUCCCUGAAUUUCCCCAUACAAACCUUAUGUACAAACGUCAGUUCCCACAAAAAUCCCCCAAGAUCACAUAGAUAUUUCCUAUGUGAUGCCAUAUUGAUUGUUAUAAACAGGUAAAAAUCUAUUAGCAGAGCCUUAACUGCCAUUUAUGUUUGUGAAAUAAAAGUAUA